AAAUAACACUGACAACAAAUGAGAAAACCUUCCCUAGAAACUGUGUCGAAAAACAUUUAGAUAAAGAUAAGGUGAUUUUCUCACAUCGUCUCACUUUGCGCUUACUUCAGAUGAACAACGGCUUCUCCAGAGAGUCAGAAGCCUCUCAAGUCAUAGAUUAGAAACCUUAAUCUGGAUUGACAGGAGUUUACGGCUGAUUGCAAGCGGUAGGAUUAGGCAGUGGUUUUGUCUUUAGAAUUCCCUUUUUUACAAUUGACCAAAUGAAACCAGCCGCAAUGUAAACACAGCGGCAAAUCCCCACAUCAAGGCCACGUCAGAGCGAUUACUGACGGCAACGUAAAGUAAAAACGACCUCGCAGAUUCACUGGAAAACCACGUUUGUAAAGAGGUCACAGGUGAUAUGGGUUUUUUAACUAUUAUCGAAAAAAAAUUAAAGCAGGAAAUGACUUGUUUGACGGCUUUUACAGCAUUUCUAACACACAAAAAGAAAUCUUCACUUCCAUAUUGAGAGCAGAGGUAGACCGGAAAGUGUGUCGACACAACAAAGUUGCCACUUUCAGCUGUUCCUCUGUCAUACAGAAGCACUUCCUCAAAAGUAUUCACCCCACAUGAAGAAAUGGAUGCAUAAGAAUAAUUACUCCAGCAUCACUUACCAUAACCAAGUUCCCCAUUGUGGAUAAAGGGAAACUGCGAGAAAUAUUGAGUUUUGAGUGGAUUUUCUUCCUUUUAUUUUAACCCUAAAAUGAAUAAAACAGUGUGUACUGCGAGUUUAUAAGUAUGUAUGACAACCUGACACAGUGAAUAUGUGAUGGAGUUAUACUUAGUGACAUUACAGCCCAACUCUGUGUCAAUCAACCACAGAGAUGCUUCUCCAGUAGCAGAUAUGAUGUGAGCUCACCCACACUCGGUUCUUUGGUAUCUUGGCAAAAACAAAAACCACAAUUAGAAAACCUAAAUGCAGCAGUUCCUGGAAGUGGCUCUCAGUGUUUUUUUUUCAUCGGGGCCACAAAAUGCACACUUAAGCAUUUGUAUUUUUCCCUUUCAAAGCGAUACUGCAGUGAGAGACACAUUGUCAAUUGCCUCACAUCCUGUGUGUCGUAAGGAAGUGGGCCAGCCAGCACAUCAGACAGACAGCCGCUCUGCUAGUUAACACUUGACUGUCAGGAGAGCGCGGUAAAGAGAAGCAAAGGCUGAGAUCUGACAAUAACCUUAAAGCAGCAGAAAAUGUUACAGAGGGCGGCAUCCAAUGUGUCAGACAAAGCAAAGAGCCACAAACCAAAGCGCUCCACAAGCUUCGGCAGGUUUGAGGGUCUCAGACAUAACUCAUCACAGGCCAAACCGGAGGAAAAUGGAACAACUAUGCUCACUGAAGAAUGUGAAAGUUCAGACCCGCACAAAUCAGCUGGACUUGGGAAGAAGAUGAAAGCAAUUUCACUGACCAUGAGGAGAAAAAUGGGCAAAAAACAUGCCAAGUCCUUCUCUGAGGAGACAGGCGAUGACACAGACAACUACCCAGAGGCAGAGACAGAAAGUGUCCCUCCAGCCGAGAAAAACUCCGCAAAGACGAGCAACUCCCUAGAGAGUCUUUACAGUGGCCAGAGCUCCUCGAGUGGUGUGACCAGUGAGUCCAAUGGUUCUGGUCAGAGAGACAGUCUGAGGCUGGAGGAGGACGGAUCCUACCAGGGACAGUUCUGUGGCCGAGCUCGGGUCCACACUGAUUUUGUUCCCAGUCCGUAUGACACAGACUCCCUUAAACUCAAGGUCGGUGACAUCAUCAGCAUCAUCAGCAAGCCUCCGAUGGGCAUCUGGACGGGUAUGCUGAACAACAAAGUGGGCAACUUCAAGUUCAUCUAUGUGGACGUAUUGGUGGAGAGGGAGGAAGAAGAGGAAGAGGCUCCUAAAAUACGGCAACAGAAGCUGUGCAAAAGACCUCGACCAAAAACGCUGUUGGAGUUACUGGAGCGACUGAACCUGGAGGAAUACGCCUCCGCCCUGCUGCUGAAUGGCUACCAGACAGUAGAGGACCUGAUGCACCUGCAGGAGAAACACCUGAUAGAGCUCAACGUCAAAGACCCCGAACACAGACGCAGGCUGCUGGCUGCUGCUGAAUGUCGCUACACAGAAGGUGAUGAUGUCAGGGAUGCGGAGGAGCACAAGUCCUCCCACAGUCUACAGGAAGAAGACAGCGACUGUCCCAGAGACUCGGGCUGCUUCAUCCCGUCUGAAUGUUCAGACAGCAAAGACGACACAGAACACGUCACAGAGGCGGUGGACUCAUGAAGUGCUCGUUUGUCAAAUGGAUACGCUGACAUUUGGAAUUGGGGAGUUGCAUGUUUUCUUAUGACUCUGAUUAAAAUGGUUAAAAAAAUGUACCUUUAAUCUUCUCAAAAUGUUAUGUUUGCGCCCCUGUUCCAGACACAAGUUUGCCUAAAGUAGAAAGUUUUUAAAAGUGUGACAGGAAAAACCAGCAACCAGCGUUCUAGAUGUCAUCUUAUCCAUUUGUCACUUUAUCAAGAUAAAAGUUCCAAGUGUUGAUUUUUCAGACUGUAUUUUUUUAAGUUGCGAAGGAAGUGGCGUUUCAUCGAUUUAAUAUCAGAUAUAUUUAUUGCAUUCUAAAUCAUUCAGUGUUUUUGCAUUUAAAGCCUUUAUUUAUCACAGCUGCAUCAUUUUUACCUUUGUCAUUCCAUCCAAUCUCACUUUAACUUCCAGUGUAUUUUUUUUUCUUGUGAAUGAAGUGAUAUUGGUAAAGGAGUUUCUCAUAUAUGUUCUAGUGUUUGGAUUUGACAAUUGCAUAUUCAGAUCUUGCCUAUAUUGUAUACUGUACAGAUUAAUGUGUGUGCUAUUUUUUGAACAUGUAUGUGAAUGAAAGAGUGUGUCAGAGAGUCUGUGUCUAAGCUCAUGGGAAAGUCAUCUGUUUUCAUUGAUUUUUGUAAAUAAAAUUAAAGAAAUACAGUAAAAUAUGA